AUGCAAACACAAGGUGGAGACGAGCAACAGAAGGGGAAACCAGCAAAGCAUCGCUUGGCUACCUGCCACUCCCAGCUGGGCAAGACAGUGCACACACCUCGACCAUUCAGAGUGAUUCUGCAGAGCAAAUUUAUAACAAUUGCCACACGUUUUAAAUAUGCUCUGCAGAAUCCACUACACUCUGCUUCUGUCGGUCUGGAAGUGGAACACAGGCAGAGCAUGAGCUACCCAGCGAGCAGAAUCCUAAUGGCGGUAAAACCCGGCAUCUCCGAUGGAGGGGCAGGUCUCGGGUGGCGGCAGACCCUCGGGAUCGCGUUGCUCUUGGGGGGCACGCACGCACCCCCCCAAAAAAACCCUGAUCCGAGAUCCUUUGAAGCCGGGCCCCAAAACGUGUCUGCAGAAAGGAGUCUCCGGAGGUCCGCCCUAAGCGUGCUCAGAACCGCAGGCCCCGCCGAGAAAAUCCCCCGCCGGACACGCCGCGAGACCGGCUCCUGGAAGCAAGUUGGCGAGCUACCGGAUGCAUGGCAAGAAACCCGCACUCACCGACUGCGCCCUCCCGUCCUUCCCUUCACCUGCAAGGGGCCGCCAGCCUCUCCUCCGCCGUGCAUCAAGGGGAGCCGCUGCUGCACCGGGUCCCGGGAGCAGGAGGCUGCGCCGGGCUUGGAGCAGCCGGAGGGCUUCCCUCUCCUCUCCUCUGUGCCCGGCUUCUCCUGCAGCGGGAAGCCCUCGGCGGGGCCCCGGAGGGUGGCCGGGGGCGGCAGCGCGCCCAGCCUGGGCGCCGCCGGCGAGCAGGCAAACCCAUCAACACAAACAAAGGACAUUUGGAUUUACAAAAUAAUGGGAUCAAGGUGUGCUGUGGCCCUUGGAAAAUGUCACUCGACUUCCCAUUGGAUUAUUUGAACUUUCCACUGACAGGAUCUCAAGACCAUUGGACUAUUUGAAUUUUUCCAUUCACAAAAAUCUCAAGGCACCAGCCUCAGGCAAAGGGUGCAGCCUUGUAACAUCCACCCUGUUAUCAGCAUGCCAAGAAGAGACUGGAUUUUCCCUUUUGUCUUCUCCAGGAUUGACCAAGGAUCGUGAGAUUACGCCAGCCGCAGGAAUCAGCCAGGGUCCAUUCAUAAAACUCCAGGAACUCCCGUAUUGUGUUUUUAAUGUUUUCUUUUGUUGCAACCUGUUUGUAUUACGUGGCAGGGGACUGCCCCCUUCCUUGCUUGUACUAAUGGGGUUGGGGACUGCCUCCUUCCCCCUGGCCUUUGGGAAAAACUGUAUAAAAGGUGCGUGUUUAGCUCUGCCCAGUGCAGUCUUGCUUGGUAAGAGCUUGAAAUCACAAUAAACAACCUCUGCUCUGCAG